AUGUCCCUCAUCUUCAUGAUGUACUCGUGCACACCUGUUACGUUGGUAAGUUUCAAUGAUGAAAAAGCACUUCCCGGGUCAGUCUCAGAGAUCAACCUCUCAAGCUCAAGCCUCAGUGGCAGACUCCAUGCGCUUGACUUCGCUUCUUUCCCAAACUUGACUUGCUUCAACGUUAGCAACAACAAUCUCAAGGGCCCCAUACAAUCCUCGAUUGGCAACCUCUCCGAGCUCAGGUUCUUGGGCCUGGGUAGCAAUCUCUUCGAAGCUUCACUGGAGAACUGCCGCCAGAUUUAUGCAGUGGCUUUGCUCUUCAAUAACUCGCGGUUGAGGGGAGUAAUUCAUGGGAGCACUGCCCGACUGCUAGAAGAAUUGUUCAGGGCUGACGAGAAAUGGGGAGAGUGUAAAAAUCUCACGAAGUUGCAGAUAGACGGUAACCAAAUUACCGGCCGCAUCCCACCAGAGCUUGGGAAAUUGUCUCAGUUGCGUGUCCUGACUUUGCACAAUAAUGACUUGACCGGGAAAAUUCCCACCGAGAUGGGAAAUCUAGGGGAGUUGUUGAGCCUGAACUUGAGCAACAACCAUUUGGUCCAAGAUAUUCCCAUCUUGUUAGGAAACUUAGCAAAGCGAAAUUAUCAUGAUUUGUCAAAGAAUGCAAUGAGUGGUAGCAUACCAGAUGAGCAAGCGAAUUGCGAGAAUUUACUGAGCUUGAACUUGAGUUACAACAAUCUGUCAAGUGUCAUACCGCCAGAGCUCGGGAACUUGCUCGCUCUACAGAUUCUCCUAGACCCAACCCACAAUUCACUGAUCAUAUGGGAAAGGUUAGGGAAGUUCACAUUUAGCAAUAUCACCAAGGACACCAAUGAUUUCAGCAAAGAGCACCACAUCAGAAAAGGAGGGUUUGGGAGCGUUUACGAGGCUGUAUUGGCCAAUGGCCAAAUUGUCGCUGUCAAAAAGCUCAACGCAUUAGAACCCAGAAACAUCUCAGAGGUCAACCACCGGAGUUUCGAGAAUGAAAUCCGCAUGUCGACUGAGGUCCGGCACCGCAAUGUGAUCAAGUUCCAUGGGUUCUGUUCCUCGAGGGGUUGUAUUUGCUUGGUCUAUGAGUUUGUUGAGAGAGGCAGUUUGGCAAAGGUCUUAUAUGGAGGAACAGAAGCAGCUGAACUGGAUUGGGGAACAAGGGUGAAGAUUGUUCAAGGCAUGGCUCACGUGAUCGCCUACUUGCAUCACAAUUGCUCACUGCCUAUCGUUCAUUGGGACAUAACAUUGAACAACAUCUUGCUUGAGUCAAACCUCAAGCCUUGGUUCUCGAAUUUUGGGAUGGUAAGACUCCUGAAUUCAAACUUGCCGGGUGGACCACAAUGGCCGGAUCUUAUGGCUACAUGGCUCCUGAUUUGGUGUAGUGGUGCUAGAGAUUAUGACGGGGAAGAGUCCGAGGGAUCUUCUCUCUUCUCUAUCAAUGAUGCAAACAUCAACAAUCUUGGAGAACCCAAAUUUGCUGCUAAAGGAUGCGCUUGA